UUACUAUUAAUCACUUUUCCCAAAAUCACUUUAAAAAAUCACUUUUUAAAAGUUGAAGCAAUCACAGACACUCCGUAAUUUCGCAUCGUGCAAGAAAGUAGUACUUCAAUAAAAAAUACUCCGUAACUUGCUAUAGAAAACCAAGCCCGCCUUCCUUGGUGUAGAAGAGAACUUCGAGAAAUAUUCCAGUGACUGCAGUUUUAAACUUAGGUUCUACGGAGUAUUAAUCUUCCUGAGUCUGCCAUUGUUAAAGAGGGUUAGGCCUUUUUGUGUUGUCCCAUCACGUAUGGUUGGCACUUCAGAUGAAAUAGCUGUUUCUUAGCCAAGCCCAAAAUCAUGCCUUCUUUAUCUGCAACGAGGGCCUUUCAACUCUUCGGGGAUUCAUUUUCACUGAGAAAUCUUUCCAUCCGGCUUACUAGAAUAUCUCCACUCAAUGACAGAGUAAGGUUUUUAAGUGACUAUGGUCCUCUUACCCUAGCGAGCCUUGGAUUGAAGAAUGGAGUUAAUGGACAGAAUGCCAAAAAUAAGCUCCUGUUGGGCGUUUCCACAAUUGAAGUUCCUAAAGAAUUGUGAACAUUUAGCUGGGGCGUUUAAAAGAGGCACAUGAGAAGCUUAAGCAGACUUUUCUUCCUGGGCUCAAACAGACUGUAGGAGUAACACCACAAGAAAGGUAAACAGUGGAAGAAGCAUUGGAGUGAAAGAGACAAAGUCCACAGGCAUAGGGGAAGCAUCAGCACCACCGUACGCUGCAAAGUCUUUCUCUGAGCUUGGCCUUCCCCAAUUACUGAUUGAAAGACUUGAGAAGGAAGGGUUUAAUGAUCCAACAGAUGUUCAAGCUUCUGCAAUUCCAACUAUUCUGGAAAAUCAUGAUGUCGUGAUUCAGUCAUAUACUGGCUCAGGAAAAACAUUGGCAUAUCUUCUUCCAAUACUCUCCCACAUUGUUUUCCCUAUAAAUGGUGCAUCUUCUUCAAGCAGAACAGAUAUCAAAGCUGUUAUUGUAGCUCCCUCCAGGGAACUUGGUAUGCAGAUUGUCAGGGAAGCGGAGAGGCUUUUGGGACCCAACAAGAAAAUGGUUCAACAGCUUGUUGGUGGAGCAAACCGGUCCAGACAGGAAGAAGCACUCAAGAAAAACAAACCGUCCAUAGUAAUCGGUACUCCUGGUCGGAUUGCGGAAAUGAGUGCAUCCGGGAAGCUUCACACUCACGGGUGCCGCUACUUGGUCUUAGAUGAAGUUGAUGAGCUUCUCUCAUUCAAUUUCCGGGAGGACAUGCAGCGGAUACUGGAUCAUGUGGGGACAAAACGAUCUGAUCUAAAGGUGUGACUGGUUAGGCUCACAGAAACUGGCAAUCACAUAUUAGAAAACAUUUUUAAGUAACACUCCAGACGUCCUGAAACAAAGUGUCACAUAUGACAAAGGUACAACUCUCGUAAACCAUGAACCAUAUUUAUAUAUUUGUUGAUUUAAAUAAAUGUGUCAUAGCAACUCUCUCUAUGACUUUUUAUUAUCUUUUGACAAAUGAUGUAAAAUUAGCUUCUAUUCAUUUUUUGGGAUAAACAGGUACUAAGGGAGUGAUUCAAUUCUUAGGUCAGAGGUUGCUGGCUCAAUAUGUAGAAUUUUCUGAAAGGAAAAAUUCAAUCAAAUGAGUAACACAAAGUCUGCUUGAUUAUGCUCAUUUUUAUUAUUCUGCUUAUUCUACUGAUAAGCAUAAUAAGCCAAUUAUUGCUACCACGUGGGGACUUGAGUAUCUCAUAAUAGGUGUGGCACCUAGCAGUAUAGCAUGACUACCCAAUAAAAAAUGAAUCAAUGUUGCAAACGAACCUCUUAGUUACUAUUACCAUGUAAAUACAAUCCUUCCACCAAUCCCACAUUCCCACAUACCACUUGAGUUGAGUUCAUGUGGUUGAAGAAGUUGAAGCUACUUACCCAGCUUCCCCUUGAAUUCAAUUACAAUCAUACAUUUAACACGAGUUAAAUUCAUGUAGUGCAGGACCCCAUGGUUCAGGCAAUAUACUUGUGAAGAACCAUGCUUCCCGCCAAACCAUCAUGGUCUCUGCAACAGUCCCGUUUUCUGUUACAAGAGCCGCACGAAGCUGGGGUUGGGACCCACUCCUUGUUCAUGACAACAGGGUUGUCCCCCUUGAUUCCAUGUCUCCUCCUGGACUAAAUCCUUCCAACUCACAGGCCCAGCCUGCCAUCCAGAGCUUACCGCCUAAUCUAAACCAUUACUAUUGUGUCACGAGGAUACAACACAAAGUUGACAUGCUAAGAAGAUGCAUUCACGCUCUGGAAGCCAAAUCUGUGAUUGCAUUUAUGAACCAUAGUAAACAACUGAAAGAUGCCGUUUAUAAACUAGAAGCCCGAGGCAUAAAUGCUUCAGAACUGCAUGGUGAUCUUAGCAAGUUAGCAAGAUCGACGAUUUUGAAGAAAUUUAGGAAUGGAGAUGUUAGGGUUUUGGUAACGAGCGAGCUUUCUGCUAGAGGAUUGGAUGUGCCUGAAUGUGAUCUUGUUGUGAAUCUGGAGUUGCCUACCGAUUCUGUCCACUAUGCACACAGAGCUGGUCGGACGGGGAGGCUUGGAAGGAAGGGUAAUGUGGUUACUAUAUGUGAGGAGCCUGAAGUAUUUGUUGUAAGAAAGCUGAGGAAGCAGCUUAGUAUCCCAAUUCAAAUUUGUGAGUUCGCUGAAGGAAAACUUGUUAUUACUGAAGAGUAAUUAACUAAGGUUUUACUGUAGUUAUUUCUGUUGAGUUUGCAAGAGAUGGUAUGCAAGCAAACAAGUGUCCCUUUGUUUUGGUGGAAUAUUAACUUUAGCAGUGGAUUACUUUGCUGGCUAGUCUAUGGAUACAUGCCAAUCGAUGGGUGAAAAUCUUUGUAUUUUUUUAGCCUUUGAGGUAUAUACAUUUGAAUAUGAAAGUACUUCAUAUGAAUAUCUGUGGAUUCAUGAAUUUUCAAGUUUUCUCUUUAUAUUA